AUGGCUCGAGAUAAACGUACAAAGCCAUGCGGCAACUGCAAAAGAUCAAAGGUGAAGUGUGAAUACGAUCAGAGUUUACCAUGCGUGCGAUGCAUGAACAUAGGUUUGGCUAGCUCAUGCCUGUUUCUGUUGAAAUUACCUUCACUCCAGCUUCCACUGAUCAAUGCACCUCUUGUUCCCUUUGCCAACACACCACCACCUGCGAUGCUGCCACAUCCGCUACAUGUGCCUUCUCACAAUAUUUACUCACAAUCACAUACACCAUCUAUUCCAGCUGUCCAGGCUUCUUUCCACCCACCUGCGCAGGAUUCUAUUGUCAAGCUCGAACAGAAGGUGGAAUCUAUGGAUUCAAAAUUUAACGAACUACUAAAACUUUUGCAUGAAAAUCAAACGGCAAUUCGCGACGAUCGUCAAAAAAAUAAAGCUCAAAGAGAAGUACAUUCAGCUACUCCAAGUGGGCAGAUACUGAAAUUGAAAAGAAGUCUCACAUGCUCCAAUGAUGAUGACUACUUGGCUACAAAGAAGAUAAAAUGUAGUGAUGAUUUUAGGAAUGAAGUUCUUUCUAUGCAAGAAGCAAAACUCCUCUUUAAUUUUUUCGAUCAGAACAUAUCUCAGCAAUUGUUUGGCUUCGAGCUCAAAAACUUUUGUGUUGAAGAUCUUUGGGAGUCAUCGCCCAUCCUCGUAUGCGCUAUCUGUACUAUCUCACUGAUACACUACCCAGAUCCUAGUGUAUCUUCGAAGCAGGCGACAUUGCAGACUCAUUUACAACAACUAUGUUCCAAAAUUAUCUUUGAGCCUCAACCUAGUUCGGAUUCAACUGUAUUUAAUACUAUCGUGGCGUUAAUUCUCUGCAGCUUCUGGCUCUCUGACUCUCAAAGAUUCACGGGAUUAGCUUUGCAAUUGGCAAAGGAACACAAUUUCAACGAAAUUCACCCCAAAGAUCCGAAAACAAGUUCAGUGACCCACAGAGACAGAUUGAAAUUGUGGUAUCUACUAUAUAUAUUGGAUGGACAACAGAGUAUGACGUUCCAUAGGCAGGCUUUAUUAUCAGCCUCAGAUGGUGCGAUUCAAAAUAGUCGUCAUCUCCUACUUGAUAAUUCUAAGGAAACGAAAGUUAUUGAACAGUCCUCUAUAGAGGAAACCCAAUCAAAAGAAGUCAUCAAGCAAAAUUCGAAUGGCCAUAGCAAAUUGACUGAUUUACGUUUAAUCUCGCAAGUCGAGUAUAAUUGUGCUCUAGAUGAAGCCCUCAAGGGCAAUGCUUGGGAUCUAUUGGAUCCACAAGCCUUUGGCAUCCCAUCGAAAUCUAAUCUAGAGCUUGAUAAAUGGAUGGUAUCCUGGACUGUUCUCCUUGCCCCUAUGAACAAUGGGACAGUUUGGCUGUCAAAGUCAACUUUAAUUUACUACAACUUUGCUAAAAUGCAUAUCAAUAGCCUGGCGCUUCGCUCUUUACAAGUCAACACAGGUGAAUCCGGUGUCAUAUUCCCGAAAUGGAAUCAGUACAAAUUUGUUACCGACAGCUUGAGAACGCCUGAAAAAAAGACAGAGUAUGACGUACCUGCCGCUGAUAACGAAGAAUUUGUGUCCAACACUGAGCUAGCUACUCAAGAUCAAGCAAUGCUUAAUUUGAAUAUAGCAGUUUCUGCAGCACAGACAGUUUUGAGCUUGGUUCUCAACGACAAAGACAUCUUGGACAAUUUGAAGUAUGUCCCACUACAUAUACAUAUCAUGCUUUACUAUGCGGCAUUUCUCCUUGUGAGUGCCCCAGCCAAUCUCCUCAGUGGUGGAAUAGAGGACUACUCUCACUUCAAAAACGUUUUCAAUAAUCUCAGAAUGACUAAGACACUACAGAAGAAGAUUUUGUUGAAUCUUCCAACAGACAAAAGGUUUGGAGAUAGACUUCUCAAAAGCUUAGAUGCUCUUUUCAAUGAAAGGAUUCAUAAUUUGCAAAUUGAAAUUCACAAUGCGCCAAUUGACGUGCCAGCAAAAGCGGAACUCAUGAACGAAAUGUCAACAUUGCAGUGCACAUAUUCACAGGUAGAAUUAAUACCGGAAAGUGCUGAAGUUUCUAGUCUGGACUCUUCGCCUCAGCCAGAAAAAAAGUACGCUUGGCCAGCUUCUCAUCAUGGUCAUGUAUAG